GCUGGUCCCGCGCGCCUCAGCCAGUGCUGCGCGCUCUGCAGACCCCUGUCGUCUCCCGUCUUUCUUCUCCUCCCCUCCCUCUCACCUUCUCUUUUGCUUUUAUUGCUUUUCCCUCUUGCUGUACCUUCCUCCUCUCUCCAUCUCUCUCGCUCCUUUCCCCUUGUUCUCUUUCCACCUUCCUCUUAUUCCCACCGUGGACCUCCCUUUCUGUCCUCACCACCUUCUUCUCGACUCUUCUCUGACUCUCCACUGUAGCAGCAGCCUUCCCUGGGACUGUGGAUUGCUUUGUGCCCCUGUGCCUCAGUGUCCCCCUCAUCUCACUUUCUCCCGGCUCAGCGCCUGGCGGCCUGGCCCUGGGGGAAGGAAGGAUGGUUCCCGAGGUAAGGGUGCUCUCCUCCUUGCUGGGACUCGCGCUGCUCUGGUUCCCCUUGGACUCCCACGCUCGAGCCCGCCCAGACAUGUUCUGCCUUUUCCACGGGAAGAGAUAUUCCCCGGGCGAGAGCUGGCACCCCUACUUGGAGCCACAGGGCCUGAUGUACUGCCUGCGCUGUACUUGCUCCGAGAGUGCCCAAGUGAGCUGUUACCGCCUCCACUGCCCACCUGUCCACUGCCCCCAGCCUGUGACCGAGCCGCAGCAGUGCUGUCCCCGGUGUGUGGAACCUCACACUCCCUCUGGGCUCCGGGCCCCCCCAAAGUCCUGCCAGCACAACGGGACCGUGUACCAACACGGAGAGAUCUUCAGUGCCCAUGAUCUGCUCCCUUCCCACCUGCCCAACCAGUGUGUCCUCUGCAGCUGUACUGAGGGCCAGAUCUACUGCGGCCUCAUGACCUGCCCGGAACCAGGCUGCCCCGCACCCCUCCCGCUGCCCCCUUCCUGCUGCCAGGCCUGCAAAGAUGGGUCAAGUGAGACAUCAGCUGAAGAGGACACCACGCAGUCACACCACGGGGUGAGACAUUCUCAGGACCUGUGUUCAGGGGACGGCGGGAGAAAGAGAGGCCUGGGCACCCCAGCACCCACUGGCCUCAGCUCCCCACUGGGCUUCAUCCCUCGCCACUUCCGACCAAAGGGGGCAGGUAGCACAACAGUCAAGAUUGUCCUGAAGGAGAAACAUAAGAAAGCCUGCGUGCAUGGCGGGAAGACGUACUCCCAUGGGGAGGUGUGGCACCCAGCCUUCCGCUCCUUCGGACCCCUGCCCUGCAUCCUGUGCACCUGUCAGGACGGCCGCCAGGACUGCCAGCGGGUGACCUGCCCCACCGAGUACCCCUGCCAUCACCCCGAGAAAGUGCCCGGGAAGUGCUGCAAGAUUUGCCCAGAGGACAAGGCAGACCCUGGCCAGAGUGAGAUCAGUACCACCAGGUGUCCGAAGGUGCCAGGCCGGGUCCUCGUCCACACGUCAGUGUCCCCAAGCCCAGACAACCUGCGUCGCUUUGCCCUCGAGCGUGAGGCCUCUGAGCAGGUGGAGAUCUACCUCUGGAAGCUGGUGAAAGGAAUCUUCCACUUGAUUCAGAUCAAGAAAGUCAGGAAGCAAGACUUCCAGAAAGAAGCACAGAACUUCCGGCUGCUCACUGGCACCCAUGAAGGUCACUGGAGUGUCUUCCUAGACCAGACCCCAGAGCUGAAGGUCACGGCCAGUCCAGACAAAGCGCCCAAGACCUUAUAACAAAGACCUAAACAGUCGCAGAUAUGAGCUUUAUCAUUUUUGUUGUUAUAUAUUAAUAAAUAAGAAGUUGCA